AUGAAUCGCUGGCGUCGUUCAGCAGAUGAGCUGCAGGCUCGGAGGAAACAGCUGUGGGAAUGUGAGCAUGCUCAAGAGGCUCUGAGCAAAGUGAGUUCCUGUUUCCAGCAGCUGGCCUCCUCUAUAGGCAGCACAUCAGACGGUAGCUUCUUGCGAGAGGAGAUGGGGGAGACCAGAGCUCUGGCCUACAGGAUCUGUUCAGGUCUGGCCAGACGGCUCCUGUGUCUGCUUUCUGAAUGUGACUCACCCCUUUCCUGUCCAGAAGAGAGAAAGCAUGCCGAGCGACUCUGGGUCCUUUCCAUGUCGGCAUUGGAGAACUUUCUGCUGGCUCUCCAGAGGGCAAAUGACCUGACUGAACAGUUCCCGCUGACUCAGCGCUACAACCGACGCUCGCUGGUCAACACAGGGUCGGGUGACAGCGUGGCAGGGUUGUCCGCUCAUGCAGCAUCAGUCCAGACACCCUGGCUGAACCUGGAGGAGGAGCCAAGCCCUGAUAUAGCUGCUCACAUUGCUGGGCUGGAUGUCAUGAUAAAAGACAUGCAGUUGAAGGUGUCCAUCCCAUUCUGGUCGGUGGAAGCAACCCAGCAGCCAGGGGCCGAGGCCAGCGGGUCUCAGACCGACCCUCAGGCCCAGGAGGACAACCUGGAAGAGCUGAUGGAGGUAGAGGUCGUCUCCCAUGACAAGAUGGCUGCCUGCUGCCACCUGGGCUGCAUGCUCUGCUGCUCAGUUAACCAAUAG